AUGCCAGAGAGGGAGAGCUUCACUUCUCCUGAGUCUGGUCACGAAUACUCCUUCAUUUAUCUUCCUGCGACAAGCCCCUCAAAUCCGACACUACUCUUUCUCCAUGGCUUCCCGUCUCAGUUAAAUGACUGGGCAUUUCAGAUUGCCUACUUCUCAUCCCACGGCUACGGGGUUGUAGCGCCGGACCUAUUGGGAUACGGCCAAUCCAGCAAACCCGAUGACGCAGCUCAAUAUCGGCUUAAGCUCAUAAGCGAUGAUAUUUAUCGCCUGCUUGACCACUUAGAUCUACCAUCUGUGGUCGGUGUAGGCCAUGACUUUGGGGCCACGCUCCUGUCGCGAAUGGUGGCAUAUGGAUCAACACGUUGGUCGGCUCUGGUGUUUCUUGCUGUCGGCCCGCCACAAAUGGGCACUCCUUUCGAUCUGGACAUGGUCAACUCCAUGACUAAGGAUUUCCUUGGCUACGAGUUACUUGGGUACAUAACGUGGCUGGGUGGUGACGAAGCGGAAGAAGCACAGAACGCUCUGGAAUCUCACCCAGAGGCGGCUAUGAGCUUAGUGUUUCCUGCGGAUCAGAGCGUUUGGGAGGAGUGGUACCGUCCAUUGGGAAAGAUGAAACAAUUCGUGACGGAGGACCGGAGAGUGGCGGUUGGCUCCUGGUAUACACCAAAGCUUCAACAACACCAUUUAGAUUCAUUUGCCCGAAAGGAUGGUUACAAGGGUGCAGUUAGAUGGCGAUUCAAACUCGGCACAGCAACAGGAUAUGUUGAAGGCAUGGGCGCCAAGGAUGAAAAGUGUGCAAUUGCAGGCUGGGCAUUGGGUACAUCUGGAAUGCUCUGA